CCGCGGCCACCGCCUCCUCCCUCCUCGUCUCUGGAUCCCCCCUCUGAGCUAAUCAUCACACUUGGGACAGCUCGCUGCACAUCCGUUACCUGUCUGGGCUCGUCUUCUUGGAGCUUUUCGUCAAAUGCCUAGGCUACCGGACUCGGACGCUACCCCAGAUCCGCUAUGGACGCGUACAGCCCGCCGCUCUCGCAAAGCGGUCCGCAGGCUAAACAAGUCUAUCAUGCGCUCGCACAACUUCCGCAUACCAAAAUAUGACAUGCCUGUACGCCUGAGGCCGUGGUUUGUAGUCUUCACCUGCUUCAUCCUGCUCAGCUUGGCGUUGCUUGGCUUCACGAACUUUACCCACGCGCUACCGCUGAACGACAAGCUGCUCCACUUCCUCUGCAUGGCGAUUGCUACGGGGGUGUUCUACUUCAUAUUCGAUGUCGAAGAGGAUGCAAGGCGCAUAUGGUUCUGGCGCAACUCCCCCUUGAUUUUCUCUGGGGUUGUGUGUUUCUUCUUCGGCGGGAUCAUUAGCGAAAUUGUGCAAUCCAUGCUACCGUACAAGGAAUUCCAAGCGGGGGACAUUGCAGCCAACCUGCUAGGCUCAACACUGGGCCUUUACAUUGCCUACCACCUCGAGAAAUACUACAGGCACCGCAGAGAAAUAUCCCGUCUCUAUCAACCCCUUGGCACUGACGGAAUGUCAGACGACGAUGAAGAAGAGUCCGACGUGGACGGAACGCAGCUGCUUCCGUUGCACUAUGAGCCUUCCACGCCACGAACACCGGGCUCGAAGCCCAGCGGGACGCCGCGCACGCAGAAGUCUGUCCGCAUCGCGGACGUGUGGGACGAGCGGGAGGACCUGUUCGAUAUUGGGGACGAGAGCGACGAUGACGAGCCGCGCAGCCGGGCGGGCCCGCCUCCCCCGAAGAUCGUCGUCAGCGAGGAGUAAUUUAUAGACUGUACCAACGCGUCUGCGCGUAAUAGUAAUAUUUGUACCUGUACAUCACUAUGGCGAGGAAUAGCGGGGUGAGAUAAUGG